AUGCAGCCAGUCAAUGGUGGCCCCGUGGGAGAUAGACCUUCCCCCUCGGGAUACCUGGAGGAAGUUAUUGCUGGACUCAGGCAACUUACUUUAAAGAGCAUGACCUCUUUUGUUUGUCCCAUAGGCUGGAGAGCUGGGGGAACCAGUAGCUGCCCAUUCCAAGAGGCUGAAGCCUCAGAACAAGAAGGAUUAAUGGUGCUACCCCAGUCUGAGACCAGAGGCUUCUGGAGAAUCACUGGCAGAGUCCCCUUUGCAAGAGUGAAGGAGCAAGAGUCUGAUAUCCUCAGAGAAAACUCUGGACUAUAUUUUCCAGAAAUAAAGAGAGAUCCAGGCAAAUAUUUACACAGUUGUCCUGAAUCUGUAAGAAAAUGGCUUCGACAGCUAAAGAAUGCUGGGAAAAUUCUUUUGUUAAUUACCAGUUCUCACAGUGAUUACUGUAGACUUCUCUGCGAAUAUAUCCUUGGGAAUGAUUUUGAAGACCUUUUCGACAUUGUGAUUACGAAUGCAUUGAAGCCUGGUUUCUUCUCCCAUUCACCAAGUCAGAGGCCUUUCCGCACACUCAAGAAUGAUGAAGAACAGGAGGUGUUGCCAUCUCUGGAUAAACCUGGCUGGUACUCUCAAGGGAACGCUGUACACCUUUAUGAACUUCUGAAGAAAAUGACUGGCAAACCUGAACCCAAGGUUGUUUACUUUGGUGACAGCAUGCAUUCAGAUGUUUUCCCAGCGCGUCACUAUAGGAACUGGGAGACAGUCCUCAUUCUAGAGGAGCUCCAAGGAGAGGAAGCCUGGAAGCCUGAGGAGUCAGAGCCUCUGGAGAAGAGAGGAAAAUAUGAGGUACCAAAGACAAAACUUCUAAAUACCUUUUCUGAAAAAUGGGGCUCCUUUUUUAUUGAUUCAGUUUCACGACCGGAAAAUUCAGAGGACUCCUUGGUUUAUACAUGGUCUUCUAAGAGAAUCAAUACUUAUAGCACUAUUGCAAUUCCAAGUAUUGAAGCAAUAGCAGAAUUACCUCUGGACUACAAAUUUACAAGAUUCUCUUCAAACAGUUCAAAAACAGCUGGCUACUAUCCAUUGGUCAAUUAUACCAAUGGUCUUAUUGAAUGAUGAGAUAUGGACAAUAAGAUAAAUUAUCUCUACUAAAAAAUGAAGAACCACAUAUGCAGCAAAUGUACUGUAAAAAAUAUUAAUUUUCAAAGAAAUACUGUAAAAUGCUUUAUAGGAACAAAUUUUUAAUGAAAAUUGACCAAGAAAUUGAUAUUUGUCCAUAGAUCUUUUUAUAUAAAUCAUUUUGAUGCUUAACAACUCUUGGAAUAUUAAAAUCCCAGUAUCCUAGAACUAAAAAGAACAUUAUUAGUAUUUUCUAUACCAAUAGCUUUGAAAUUAUAAUUCAGCUGGGGAGACCCACACAGUUUAUACAUAUGCCUAGUCUGGUGGUUCUCAAGUGUGUGUCCAGGGAUGCAUAGCAGCAUCACCUAGAACUUGAUUAUUCCAAUUUGAAGGCCCUAUCCCCAAACCUACUGAGUCAGAAACUGUGGGAGGUAGGCCCACCAGUGUGUUUUCUUAACAAGCCUUUCAGGUGAUUUUGAUUGACACUAGUUUGAGAACCAAUGACCAUUUACUCCAGAGUUUAGUUUAAUUUGGGUAAAUAGCUGAGCAUUGAUAUCGUUUAUAAUGUCUUUAUUAGUAAGUACAACAGAACUGCAAAUAACCAGUCUAUACCAAUUCCUUCAAUUUAGAGCCAAGAACAUUGAGCCCAGUGACAUUAAAUGAUUUUCCCAAACUAUUAGGUUUGAUAGUAUUCCUGUUUUUUUCCAAAAUAAGGAAAUACAUACAUGAUUUCUUCUGAUAUCACACAACCAUCAUGGGACAGAGAUGGUACUAGAAGCCAAUCCCAACCUUCAUUGUUACCCACUGUUUCCCCCUAUUAGGAAUUAAUAUUAAUAUUAAGGACUGUUUAAUUCAUUAUCAAUAACUUUAAGACAUGUUUCUCAAUAGGAUUAAAAAUUGAUUCUAGGGUACAAAACAAUCUUCAGUAACAGUGGAUUCUGGCCUUUUAAAUUCAAAAAUACCAAGAAAAUUCAUUUUUAUUCCUUGGCAUUGAAUUUUCUUAUUAGGUAAAUGUAGUUUUUUUCUUUGGGAGGGAGGGUGAUGAAGAAAAUGUUGAGAAACACUAUUUUAAGGGGUUUAUAGGUUUAUUACAAUCCAGGAUAUGUUGUGCUUAGUCAUAUUAGUAGCUAUUUGUUAUAAGACAUUUGGAGCCAGAUAAUGUUUAUAGUAAAUUCCUAGCCAGAUAAUGUUUAUAGUAAAUUCCUAACUACUUUUUAUGCUAUAAUUUCACUAUUCAUCAUGGACAGGACCAGAAAACAAUACUGGUCAUUAAUAUUAUUUUACUUGUAUUAUAGCAGAGAACUUAGCAUGGACACAUGCAGUGAAAAGAUAUUUUGUUAAAAUUUUUAAAUAUUUGAGAAAUCUCAAAUAUACUGUGGGAAUGAUUAUCUCAGGGUAAGAAACUUUGUUUUUUUUUUCCCUCAAAGUCAGUAGCUUUGUUUGAUAUCUACCAAUAAGUAUAUGGUGAUGUAUUUGAAAUUGUUAUCCAGAAUGUCAUUGAAAUAUUACAAUGUGCAUAUACAAUCAAGCUUAGGGCUAAAUGAAGAUGCUAACUCGUGUAUGCUAUAGAGAUCUGAUUUUUUAAUAAAGUAUUUUUCCUUA